AUGUCCCACCACUGGGGAUACGCCAAGAACAACGGACCCGCUGUCUGGCAUGAGAAUUUCCCCAUUGCCAAGGGAGAGCGCCAGUCCCCUGUUGACAUCAACCCCGAAGUAUAUGACUCUGCCCUGAAGCCUCUGAGCAUUAGCUACGACCAGGCUGCUUCUCGGAAGAUCUUGAACAACGGUCACUCCUUCAACGUGGAGUUUGAUGACUCCCAGGAUAAAUCAGUUCUAAGAGGAGGACCCUUCGAUGGGACUUACCGACUGAUACAGUUCCACUUUCACUGGGGUUCGCCUGAUGGUCAGGGUUCCGAGCACACAGUGGAUUCUCAGAAGUACGCUGCAGAGCUUCACUUAGUUCAUUGGAACACCAAAUAUGGGGAAUUUGGAAAAGCUGUGCAACAACCUCAUGGAUUGGCUGUGUUGGGUAUAAUUUUGAAGAUUGGUAGUGCUAACCAAGGCCUUCAGAAAGUCCUUGAUAUGCUGGAUACCAUUAAGACAAAGGGAAAAAGUGCCGACUUCACUAACUUUGAUCCUCGUGGCCUCCUUCCUCAAAGCUUAGACUACUGGACCUACCUGGGCUCCCUGACCACCCCUCCGCUUCUGGAGUGUGUAACCUGGAUUGUGUUAAGGGAGCCCAUCAGCGUCAGCAGUGAGCAGAUGUUGAAAUUCUGUAGUCUUAACUUCAAUAAGGAGGGCGAACCUGAAGAACUGAUGGUGGACAACUGGCGUCCCACUCAGCCACUGAAGAACAGACAGAUCAAAACGUCCUUCAAAUAG